CUUGGACGAGGAGGCGGGCAGACUUCCUGGUGGGGCGGCCGGGCGGAAGGCAGCAGCAGCCGGGGUGAGCCAUGGGGUCGGCGCGCGACGCCAUCCUGGACGCCCUGGAGAACCUGACGGCCGAGGAGCUGAAGAGAUUCAAGCUGAAGCUGCUGUCGGUGCCGCUGCGCCCCGGCUUCGGGCGCAUCCCGCGCGGGCCGCUGCAGUCCAUGGACGCCAUAGACCUCACCGACAAGCUCGUCAGCUACUACAUGGACUCCUACGGCCCCGAGCUCACGGCCACGGUGCUCCGGGAGAUGGGCAUGCAGGCGCUGGCGGAGCAGCUGGGGGACCGGCUCCGGGCACCCAGUGCACAGCCAGCUGCACUCAAGGCCUCUCUUCAGAUGGCAGCCACGCCUGAACCCUCAAGACUCCACUUCGUGGAUCAGCACCGCAGGGCGCUCAUCUCCCGCGUGACAGAUGUGGACGGGCUGCUGGACGCCCUGUUUGAUGACAAGGUGUUGACGGAGGAGCAGUACCAGGCGGUGCGGGCAGAGACCACCAACCCCACCAAGAUGAGGAAACUCUACAGCUUCAUGCCAGCCUGGGAUCUCAAGUGCAAGGAGCUGUUCCUCCAGGCCUUGAGGGACAUCCAGCCCUACCUGGUGGACGAUCUGGAGAAACACUGAGGCCUCCCCUCUCUCUCCAGCACCGAGCCACAUUCAACUACUGGCAGCUACACAGAACAUCCCAGCUCUUGACUUUGAUACGUAAUAUAUGAGAAAAAAA